CAAAUCAAGUAUCCGUUGAGCAGUGAUGUGGCGGCGAAGAAACUCAAGAGCAUACCAGAGCACGAAGAGGUGGUCAUCUCAGGCAUAUCUGGCCACUAUCCGCAGUGCUCGUCUAUCGAGGAAUUCGCUAAAAAAUUGUAUAAUAACGAGGAUUUGGUGACAGAGGAUGAGCAACGGUGGCGAAAAGAUCUGUUCGCGACGCCGAUGGGAAUGGGAAAGUUGGAUAAUCUGGAUAAGUUUGACUCCCAGUUCUUCGGCUUCAACGAUAGCGAACCCAAUAGUAUGGACGCACAGAUGCGGGUACUCUUGGAGCGCGCCUAUGAGGCCAUCUGGGACUCGGGCACUGUGCCGUCGGCGCUGUCGGGCAGCAACACCGGUGUCUUCAUCGGCAACUGUUUCGAUGAGACGCUCAACGCCUACUCAUCCAUCGGACAGAUCCCAGAGAAUCGGCAAUUCAUUGCCACACAAAUAUCCCAUCGAUUCAACUUUCGCGGACCGUCGAUGGCGAUCGACACGGCGUGUGCGUCCAGUUUCUCGGCCCUCAACGAGGCGUUGACAUACAUGAGACACGGAAUAAUGGACAGCGCCCUCGUGUGCGGCAUUAACUUAGGCCUCAAUCCCAUAAUGCAGUACCAGUUCUUCAAACUGAAUAUGUUGUCCCCCGACGGCCGGUGCAAGUGUUUGGACGAGUCGGCCAACGGUUACGCCAAAGGCGAGGCCGUUGUGGCCAUUCUUCUGCAACGCAAACCGGCGGCCAAACGCAUAUACGCCACACUCGUCCACACGAAGACCAACAACGAUGGCUACGAAGAGAUGGGCAUCACUUUCCCCACGUGGGACUCGCAGAGGGAUCUGAUGAGAGCCACCUAUGCCGAGGCCGGCGUCAAUCCGCACGACGUGGACUACGUUGAGGCCCAUUGCACCGGCACUCAGGCCGGAGAUCCCGAAGAGAUGCGCGCCAUUUGCGAGUCCAUGUGUUCCGAUGGCCGCAAGAAACCGAUUAUGAUCGGUGCCCACAAGUCCAACAUCGGUCACACUGAGGCCUCUUCGGGUCUGUGCGCGGUGUCCAAAGUGCUCAUAUCGUUCGAGAACGAGCUGAUCCCCGGCAAUAUCCACUACAACCGGCCCAACCCUAAGGUGUACGGCAUCCAGAAGGGUCUGCUACAGCCCGUGUCCACCAACAUGAAGUUCACCGGCGCGUACGCCGGUCUCAAUAACUUCGGUUUCGGCGGAUCCAAUAUACACGUGAUCGUCAAGUGUCCGAAGAUUAAGCCCCGCAAAGACAACGACAAGAUUGUGGACAAAAUCCCCCGUUUGGUGACAAUGUGCGGACGCGACCCGAAGGCCGUCAACUACUUCUUCGAGAAGCUCCUGGAGGUGCCCGAGAAGUUAACCCGCGAUCUGUUGGCGUUGGUUAACGACAUCUCGAAGACCGAGCCGUUCAAUACGGACACCGCCUGUCGAGGUAUGACUGGCCGCGGCUUCGCCCUCAUCGAGGGUCGGGAUUCUGUGGACACAAUCAAGUCGUUUAACGCCAAACAAGUGACCGAAAAGGACCGCGAAGUUUGGUUUAUACUGUCAGGAAUGGGCACUCAAUGGCAAGCGAUGGCCAAAGACUUGGUCCGUAUCGACUGUUUCGAGAAGUCGAUCAAAUCCUUGUGCCAAACGAUGAAGAAGUACUCAAUCGACUUGUGGUCACUACUGAUGGACGAAAACCAAAACAUUUACGACUCGGUCCUCAACUCAUUCCUAACGAUAGCCGCCAUUCAGAUAGCGUUAAUCGAUUUGCUGGAAGAGCUCGGCGUCCGACCCGACGGUAUCGUUGGCCACUCGAUCGGCGAACUGACCUCCGCCUACGCCGACAAAGUGCUCACCGCAGAGGAGACAAUAGUGAUGGCCUAUUGGCGCGGAAAGUGUAUCGAGAGUGACAAGUCUUGCGCCGGCCGUAUGGCGGCCAUCGGUAUGGGCGCCAAAGAGGCCAAAACAGUGGUUCCGUCCAAUGUGUUCAUCGCGUGCGACAAUAGCGACGAUUCGGUGACCGUUUCGGGCGACGAGAGGGCUGUCGACGAGUUCGUCAAAUACCUGAAGGACAAGAACCUGUUCGCCGCCGGAGUCAACAGCUGUGGCGUCGCCUUCCACUCGCCGCUCAUGUAUCCCAUCGGCGAACAGUUGACCGCACGGCUCAAGAGCGUGAUGUCCGACCAGCGGAAGAUGUCCACCAAAUGGGUGUCCGCCAACUUCAACAACACCUCCAAGACGUUGACCUCCAACUACUUCGUCGACAAUCUCCUCUAUCCGAUCCGUUUCAACGAAGCCAUCAAACAGAUCCCGACCAACGCCGUGGUCGUCGAGAUCGCGCCCCACUGUCUCCUCCAGUCGAUCAUUAAGCGAAGUCUCGGCCCAAACAUAUCGUACGUACCGAUGAUGAGGAAAGACGAUAACAACUUGAAUCUGGUCCUCGAGGCCAUCGGACAACUGUACGCCUGUGGCCUCAAUCCGGCCAUCGAGAAGCUCUACCCCAAAGUGGAGUACCCGGUCUCUAACGGCACUAAAUUCAUAUCACCGCUCGUCAAAUGGAUUCACGAGAAGAAGUUUGUGGUCACCACUUAUCCGGAGUUCUUCAGCACAGCGCAGGCGUCUAGAACUCGGGAAAACAAGAUGAAUCUAUUGAAGUUUGUGGUCACCACUUAUCCGGAGUUCUUCAGCACAGCGCAGGCGUCUAGAACUCGGGAAAACAAGAUGAAUCUAUUGGAUACAGAGGACCAGUACAUAACCGGUCACGUGAUCGACAGCCGCAACCUAUACCCGGGCACCGGUUACCUGUUGCUGCUGGGCUGGUCGCCAUUGAAACACGACUACCUCCCGUUGCGACACCAGCAGUCCGGCAAUGUAAAGGUGUUGAAGCGCGGCCUCGAGUACCAGUACUAUCUCGAGGAGAACUCCUACCGUAUCAGCCAAUCCGACAAUCUGGUGCUCAAGAAGCAGGACAUCUACACCGCUCUGCGGCUCCGGGGCUACGAUUACGGGCCAACCUUUCAGUGCAUUAGCGAGGCCUACGUCGAGGAACGGAAGGUGAAAGCGCUGGUCGAGUGGCCCAAGAAUUGGGUGUCUUUUGCCGACCGUCUCAACAGCAGCUACCCGCUGUUAGGGCGACUGGAAGCCCUGUUUGAUUACGACACCCGAAUCGGUGUCACCAAAGGUCUCGAGUACAGAGGCCUCAAGACUAAUAUCAUUAACCGCAAUAUCAAUGUGAGUAAAGUAUUGACGGGAGAGUACAAGUUUGAGCCCUAUGAGGGCCCCCUCACCGAAGAGGCCCCGGAGUUGGUCCCGUACGGAGCCGUUUGCGACAAACUGGCCGACAGUCUCCAUAAGAAGUUUGAAGCGCUCAGAAGUGGCGCCAAAAGCGCUCAUAUCGUUAGCCCUAAGGCCGAUAAACUGGACAACAAAGCCCUGAAAGGCAAGGAUCGGUAUUUGUACCACUUUUUGUCGGACAUCCAGACACUGAACCAGUACUCCGUGGAUGCGAUCAAAGAGACCAAAUACUUUGAGGACCUGCCGGACGAUCCGCUACUCAGUAGCGUAUAUAACAAGUGGUUAGUCGACACACAAGUGAUCACUGUUUACGACAAUAAGAAACCCGGAGAGAUGAAAGUGCUGGAGAUGUGCGACAGUCACGACCCCAUACAGCCCAGUGUCGCCCACUCGCUGGACCCGCACGAGUACUACGUGAAGCUCGUCUACAAUGUGAGCGCCCGAUACCCGGUGGACACCAAAGCGACCGAAUGGCCAAUGAAUAGCUCAACGCUUCCCACGGAUUUCAAAGACAACGAUCUGGUGAUCUACAAGAACGAUACGAACGCCGCCAUUAAUUUGCCCGAAUUGUUUCAAUCGGCGUCCGACGCGCUGAAGCCCAACGCCUUCUUCCAGGUUGUCUUCAGAGACCGGUUCACUUCGAGCGAGAAGUUGAUCCGUUAUCUGCUCGACAUGAAAGCCGAGACAAUGGAUGGCAAUAGGAUUAGAGCUGAGGGUGAGAGGUGUGGCCUGACGUACAUUGGCUGGAAUCGGAACCAAUUCGGCGCCAACGCUAUGCUGUUCCGCAAAGUGACCGCCGACAUUAAUGUUGAUAAACAGGUGAUCAUCGAAAUGGACAACAAUUACCACAACUGGUUGUCCAAACUUCAGGAAGCGAUGGCCACCAUUCACACGAAGCCCGAGGGGGAGAACAUUUGGAUUGUGGCGAACAACACCUCGAAGAAUGGUAUCUUAGGUUUGGUCUAUAGUUUGCGGCGCGAAGUGAACGGAGUUCGGGUCAGAUGUAUAUUCAAUUACGACGGCAUUACCGAUGAUUAUCUACAGAAUCGACACAAUCUGACGCAAGUGAUGAAGAAAGACCUCGUCUACAAUGUCUACAAAGACAACCACUGGGGCUGUUAUAAGCCAAACAUGAAACCCAUGGUCACAACUGUCCAAUCGGAGCACUGCUUCCUCAACAACAGCAACAAAGGAGAUCUCUCGAGCCUUAAGUGGUUUGAGUGUCAGCACAAACUGUGGCCAAACGGGCGCCGAGACGACCAACAGCUCUGCAAAAUAUACUAUUCGGCCCUCAAUUUCCGCGACAUUAUGUUAGCCACCGGUCGUCUCCCGCCGGACGCUCUGCCCGGAGAUAUGGCACUCCAUGACUGCAUUCUGGGUCUGGAGUUCUCGGGUCGUCUCCCGCCGGACGCUCUGCCCGGAGAUAUGGCACUCCAUGACUGCAUUCUGGGUCUGGAGUUCUCGGGUCGGGACGAGAACGGGAAUCGCGUGAUGGGAAUGAUUCCGUCCAAAGCGUUGGCCACCACUUGCGUUGUGGACGACCCGGACUUCCUGUGGCCGAUACCCGACAACUGGUCGAUGGAAGAGGCGUCGACUGUUCCCUGCGUUUACUCCACCGCCUAUUACUCGCUGAUCAUCAGAGGAAACCUGAAGAGAGGCGAAAAGGUGUUGAUCCACUCGGGAAGCGGUGGCGUCGGACAGGCGGCCAUUAAUAUCUGUCUCAGUAUGGAUUGUCAGGUGUUUAUAACCGUGGGUUCGGCCGCCAAACGCCAGUACCUCAAGAAGCUGUUCCCCAAACUGACUGACAAACAGUUCUCGUCGUCGCGAGACUUGAGUUUCAAGACUCAUGUGAUGAACGAAACGCGCGGUAAAGGUGUGGAUCUGGUGCUCAACUCCCUCUCCGACGACAAACUGAAGGCCAGUAUUGAGUGUCUCGCAGAUAACGGACGCUUCCUCGAGAUCGGCAAAUACGACAUGUCUGUCAACAGCCGAUUGGAUAUGAGCGAAAUGAUCAAAAACAAGUCAUUCCACGGCAUUCUUCUGGACGCGUUGUUUACCACCGAUGAAAACACACCGCAAUCCGUACUCAGAGACCGAAAGCGCAUUUGGGAACUGAUCGAAGAGGGCAUCAAAACGGGAACCGUUAAGCCGUUAGACAGAAGCAUAUUUUGUGUCGACGAGUGCGAAGAGGCGUUCCGUUACAUGUCUUCGGGUAAACACAUGGGAAAAGUGGUGAUCAAAAUCCGCGACGAAGAGCCCAACGGACAGCCGAUGUCGAAGAAGCCGCUGCUCAUGGAAGCGGUCGCUCGCACUGUCUUCGACUGCAACAAAGUAUACAUAAUUAGCGGCGGUUUAGGCGGUUUCGGUCUCGAACUCAUCGACUGGAUGUGCGAAAGGGGGGCCAAAAAGUUUUUGGUCACUUCCCGCGUGGGAUUCAGAGACUCGUACCAGAAGUCAAAGGUGAAGAAACUGCAGACCAAAUCGGGCGCCGAUAUACACAUUGUCACUGAUUUGGACCUAACUUUGCCCAAAGAGGCGACACAGUUGUUGAACAUCGGCUCCCGUUUGGGACCAAUUGGCGGUGUUUUCCACUUAGCGCUGGUGUUGGCCGACAGCGUGAUUGACAACCAGACCGUCGAGACAUUCCGUACGGUUUGCCAAUCAAAGUCCGACCAAUUCCUCACACUAGACAUCGUGUGCCGCAAAUACUGUCCGGACAUCGACUACUUCGUGGCGUUCUCGUCGGGCGUCACCUCUCGCGGUAAUGUCGGCCAAACCAACUACGGCUUCAGUAACGCCAUUAUGGACCGCAUUUGCGACGUCCGUCGGGCCGACGGCUACAGCGCUCUCGCCAUCCAAUGGGGAGUCAUCGGCGACGUCGGCGUUGUGGUCAGGAAUACGGGUCGCGACGAUGUGGUGGUCAUCGGAACGGUUGCCCAACGGAUGCCCUCUUGUCUUCAAAUAAUGGACACACUGUUACAGUCGGGCAAAGCGUGUUGUCUGUCGUACGUCAAGUGUGAGCCCAAACAGGAGGCCAGCGGUGGUAAAGAGAACUUCAUGAAGAAGUUGGCCCACAUUCUCGGUAUGGAUGACAUCAAGAAAGUGGAUCCCAACACCAAACUCUUGAAACUCGGUAUGGAUUCGCUGAUGGCUGUGGAGGUCCAGCUCUCCAUUGAGCGCGAGUUCGGCAGCGUUUUGACCGCCCAAGAGGUCCGCGAGCUGUCCAUCGCUCGCGUCCUCGAGAUUGGCUCCAAAGCCGAGGCCUAAACUACUUCUUCGGUGUCGGCUUUUUCUGUUGACCACAUUUACGA